UAUUUUUGUUGCAUGAUUUUGGCACGUGUUCCAGAAUUUUGAUUAUAGUGUUUUGUUUUAUUUGAAUUAUAUUGUAAAAGUGAUGAAAUGUCGACUCGUAAACUGAAAAAAGUUUCGUUUGGUAAAAAAGAAAUACCGUAUUUCUGUGCUGAAGAUGGUGGCUACCUAGAACCGGACGAUGCAAAUGAACAAACGUAUCAAAUCACGCAGAAAGAGAUUGUGAAAUCUGUGGAUAUAACAUCUGCUGCGAAACAUUUUGAUCUACAUUUGCCACAUUUAGGUCCAUAUAAAUUAGAUUAUUUUCGAAACGGGCGUCAGCUAUUGAUUGGUGGCCGAAAUGGACAUGUAGCCGCAUUCGAUUGGAUCUCUAAAAAUCUCAGCUGUGAAUUUAAUGUUCGUGAAUCAGUUCACGCCAUCAAAUGGUUACAUAUGCCUACGAUGUUUGCCGUAGCUCAAGCGAAUUGGACUUAUGUUUAUGAUGAAAAUGGAACCGAAAUUCAUUGUCUUAAGCGGUUAUAUCGUGUAUAUGAGCUAGAUUUCUUGCCUUAUCACUUCCUAUUGGUAGCUGCGUCUGACAAUGGAUUCCUAUCAUGGCUAGAUGUAUCCACUGGUAAUUUGGUGGCAAAUUUUCGGAUGAAAGUCCCACGUCUUACUUGUCUUACGCAUAAUCCUAAUAAUGCAAUCACAUUCACCGGGCAUCCAAAUGGAACAGUCCGGUUAUGGUCACCGAAUAAUAAUGAACCAUUGGUGCGUUUGCUUUGUCAUCCUUCAGCAGUACUAGAUGUCGCUAUUGAUAAUCGAGGACUAUUCAUGGUUACUACCGGUGCGGAUAGAUCAGUUCGCAUAUGGGACAUUCGUAAUUAUCAAUGUAUGAACACAUUUCGAGUUCAAUCAACACCAUCUCGCAUAACCUUGAGCCAGAAAAAUUUACUUGCAAUUGGUUCUGGAAAUGAAGUGAAAAUUUUCAAUAGAUAUUCCGAUCAAACAGAUAAGCCAUAUAUGCGACAUCAAAUGGAUUUAAGAACAUCGGUCAUUUCAUCAUUGCAAUUUUGUCCUUUUGAAGAUGUACUUGGUAUUGGUCAUCAAGAUGGUUUCACAUCCAUAUUGGUGCCCGGUUCGGGUGAAGCGAAUUUUGAUGCAUUAGAAGCAAAUCCAUAUAUGACCAAAUCUCAACGUCGUGAAAUGGAAGUAAAGGCAUUGUUGGAAAAAAUCAAUCAUGAAUUGAUUACAUUAGAUCCGGAUUUUCUAGCUAAACGUUGUGAUGAUUUACAAAUUCAACAGCGAUCAACGAUGAAGAUAAAAAAGAAAAAAUCCAAUAAACAUCGAUUAAUGAAUAAAACGAUCGAUGUCUUGGAAGAAGAAAAUCCAAUAGCAGAUUCCAUUAAUGAUAAAACGGAUCAUCAUCAAUCAGAAAAACCGAUAUUACGACGAAAACGUGGCAAGAAAAAUUUGGCAGCGAAAUUACGAUCAAAAGCGGCACGUAAAGAAAAACGACGACGAAGCCUUGUGCAACAAAAACUAUCGAAUCGAAAGUCAUGAAUAAUGCAAAGAAAAACAUUGUAAAAAUUUCAUUUUAUUUUGAUUUUUUAAAUUAUAUAAUUUUAAAAUGUAAA